UUCCAACUAAUCACGACGCGCUGACGCCGACGACGCCGACGCCUCCACCGACCGAUACCGGCAAGCAUCCAUCACCGACCGACUUUUUGGCUCCUGACCAUGCCUCUCACUAUCGACCAACAAGUCGCGGACGCAAUGAUACCAGCAACGCAGGAAGACAAGGACUACUUUGACGAGGUGAUCAGCGCGUCCUACUUUGCCCGCGACUUUCUCGACGUGCUCAAGCCAUACGCGUACGAUGUGCAGCCCGCCGUCAACAGCCGGGGAAUGCGCCGUCUCGAGGGCUGGAAGGCCGUGUACGAGGUGACGGUGACGAAAGGCGUUACCAACUUCUUUGGGUUCAUGCACGGCGCGGCGCACGCCUGGCUCGUCGACACAUGUACCUCCGCUGCGAUUGUGCACAACCACACACCCCAGUUCUGGGGCCAGCCGAUGCUCGGCGGCGUCAGCGUCAACCUCGACAUGCAGUACUUCAACGCUGCGCAGAUUGGAACCCGCCUGCGCAUCAUCGUCACAAUUGAGCGAAUCAACGCAACACUUGCCAACCUCCGCUGUGAUAUCUCGGACUGGGAGACGGGCACGCGCCUGUCGAGCGGGGUGCACACCAAGGCGUGGCGCGGGCCCAAGACGACGGCGUCGCUUUAGAGUUUGAUAGAGGUUGUACAGUGGUUCUUUCAGG